CUUCUGCUGAUAUCGAUCUUGAGCCGAGUAUACUCGAAUUCGUGGUUUUUGAGCAAUCAGAUUUAGACACAGUCCACGACAAUUUUGUCUUUCUAUCCCUUCCUCCUCUCCCGACUACACAAUGGACGCACAAACCCAGGUCGAUGUUACCAAGCUCAAUGAGGCCGACAAGAAGGAGCUGUCCCAGAUCCUCGCGAGCGAGACGCAAAAGGCUACUAUCCAACAGACUGUUCAUUCGCUUUCCGACGUCUGCUGGAAGAAGUGCAUCACCGGAAAGAUCACAUCCGGUCGCCUGGAUCAAGCGGAGGAGACAUGCGCACAGAACUGCGUGGAACGGUGGAUGGAUGCGAACCUGACAGUCCUGAAGCAUCUUGAAGCCCUUCGUGGUUAGGUGUAACCGCAUUUUCUACAUUCCCCAUGAAGACUGGCGGGCUCGUCCAUAGAGC